AUGAUUGAGACCCAACUAGCACAACUAGCUAGCACCAUCAAAGAACAACAAGUGCAUACUAGUCUCCCACCCCAAGGUCAAGCACCUAAACCAUUGUAUUCGGUUGUGACUAGGGGUGAGAUGAUUCUAGAUGAUGGUGCUAAGCUAGUUGAUGCAUCUUGCUCUAGGGGUGAGGAUUCUACGGGGAAUGAGUCUCCGGACUGUGAUAAGGCGGAAGAGAAGUCUCAUGUCGACAAUGUGAGAGAUGGUGUUAAGUCGAAGGAGACUACUCUUCCUCCUCUCCCAAUUCCUCCUCCCCCCUACCCUCAAAGAUUUGCCGGAAAAAAGCUAGAUGAUCAAUUUCACAAGUUUUGGGAAACCAUUAGCAAGCUAUAUGUGUCAUUGUCUUUCACCGAGGCGCUUAAGAAAAUGCCACAUUAUUCUUGGUUCAUGAGAGACAUUUUGAGCGGCAAAAGGACUUGUGGCACCAAUGAAACCGUGCACCUAACGGAGCAUUGUAGUGCUUUGAUUUUGAGCCCUUUCUCCCCAAAGCUCAAGGAUCCCGGGAGCUUCUCGAUUCCUUGUAGCAUCCAAGAGCUUAAGUUUGACAACGUUCUAUAUGAUUUGGGGGCGAGUGUAAGUAUUUUUCCGUACAAAAUUUAUGAGAAACUUAGUCUUGGCGAUCUUACCCAUACCCCUAUGUCCUUGCAAUUAGCCGAUCGCUCGGUUAUGUUUCCAUUGGGUAGGGUUGAUGAUGUUCCCCUAGUGAUAGGGAAGUUGACUUUCCUUGUUGACUUCAUUGUUUUGGACAUCGAUGAGGACGCGCAUACCCCUAUCAUCUUAGGGAGGCCAUUCGGUGCUCUCAUCGAUGUUCAAGGUGACCUCAUCACUUUUAAAGCGGGAGACGCUAAGGCUAGUUUCUAG